CCGGUCAUCGUCCUGCAGCGCGGCGCCUGCGGCCAAGGACAGGAAGACCCCAACAGUUUACGGCACAAAUACAACUUCAUCGCCGACGUGGUGGAGAAGAUCGCUCCCGCUGUGGUUCACAUCGAGUUGUUUCGCAAGCUUCCUUUCUCUAAGAGGGAGGUGCCGGUGGCCAGUGGGUCUGGCUUUAUCGUGUCCGAAGAUGGACUGAUCGUGACAAACGCCCACGUGGUGACCAACAAGCAUCGGGUCAAGGUUGAGCUGAAAAACGGUGCCACCUACGAAGCCAAAAUCAAGGAUGUGGAUGAAAAGGCAGACAUUGCACUUAUCAAAAUUGACCACGAGGGCAAGCUGCCGGUCCUGCUGCUGGGCCGCUCGUCGGAGCUGCGGCCGGGGGAGUUUGUGGUCGCCAUCGGGAGCCCGUUCUCCCUCCAAAACACCGUCACCACCGGGAUCGUCAGCACCACCCAGCGUGGCGGCAAAGAGCUGGGGCUCCGGAACUCGGACAUGGACUACAUCCAGACAGACGCCAUCAUCAACUAUGGAAACUCGGGAGGCCCGUUAGUAAACUUGGAUGGCGAAGUCAUUGGGAUUAACACUCUGAAGGUGACAGCAGGGAUCUCCUUUGCAAUCCCAUCGGAUAAGAUUAAAAAGUUCCUAACCGAGUCCCAUGACCGACAGGCCAAAGGCAAAGCCAUUACCAAGAAGAAGUAUAUUGGCAUCCGAAUGAUGUCGCUCACAUCCAGCAAAGCCAAAGAGCUAAAAGACCGUCACCAGGACUUCCCGGACGUGCUUUCGGGAGCGUAUAUCAUCGAAGUCAUUCCUGACACCCCAGCGGAAGCGGGGGGGCUCAAGGAAAACGACGUCAUAAUCAGCAUCAAUGGACAGUCGGUGGUCUCCGCCAAUGACGUCAGCGACGUCAUUAAGAAGGAAAGCACCCUGAACAUGGUUGUCCGCAGGGGCAAUGAAGACAUCAUGAUCACGGUGAUUCCUGAAGAAAUCGACCCAUAGGUAGAGGCAUGAGCUGGAUUUCAUGUUUCCCCUCAAAGACUCUCCAGUGGACGAUGCAUGAUGACUCUGGGCUGGUGGCACAGGACACUCAAGACUUCGGACCACCAUGUUCCUUGUUCAGCGGAAGCACCCCGGCCAACAGAAUCCUUCUUGGUAGUCUGCAGGCAAAACAAAUGUAAUGUCAUAGACCUGUAGGCAGAAGCUCACCCUUCUGUACUGCUAUGUAUACUGUGUGCUUUUCCUUGCCGGCUUGGACUGUUCUGCUUAGACAGUCAACAUUUGUCUCUUCCUUUAACCGAGUCAUCAUCUUAGUUGAACUAAGGCUGUUGAUAUAAUGCAUAGAUGGAGGAAGGCCCCAUGGGAGCCCGAAUGGUACUGGGCACGUUUACGCUUCUUUCCCGGUCAGCACCCAGAGGAGACUGAUGCCAGAAACCACAGGCCGGUGCGCGUUGGCUUCCCAAAUGGCCGGAGUUGCCUCUCUUAGGAAUCUUCAGAACUGGGGGCACAAUGACUUUGAGUUUGAGCUAUUAAAGUACUUCUUCAUACUCUG